GACAAUAAUAACGAUGAUAUUGAUCAUAAUGAUGAUGUUAAUAGUAAUGAUAAUAAACCAACCGUACGUACCCUCUCGUCCCGUGCCCCUGGGAAUGUAAUUAGUAAAUCCUCUUUAUUUAUGCCAACUCCAACAACCGCCAAAAUACUCCAAAACCACCACAAACACUCCAACAACCGCCCAAAACCCCAACAACGCCAAAAUAUCCAACACAACCGCCAAAAUACUCCAACAACCGCAAAAUACUCCAACAACCGCCAAAAUCCCCAACAACCGCCAAAAUACUCCAACAACCGCCAAAAAUACUCCAACAACCGCCAAAAAAUACUCCAACAACCCCACAAUACCCCAACAACGCCAAAUACCCCAACAAACCGCCCACAACACUCCAACAACCGCCACAAUACCCCAACAACCGACCACUCCAACAAACCGCCAAAAUACUCCACAACCGCCAAAUACUCCAACAACCGCCACAACACUCCAACAACCACCAAAAACACCCCCAACAACCGCCACAAAACACUCAACAACCGCCAAAACACCCCAACAACCGCCAAAAUACCCCCAACAACCGCCACAACACUCCAACAACCGCACAAUACCCCAACAACCACCACAACACUCCAACAACCGCCAAAACACCCAACAACCGCCAAAACCCCCAAAACCGCCACAACACUCAACAACCCGCCAACAACACUCCAACAACCACCAAACACCCCCAACAACCGCCACAAAACACUCCAAAACCGCCAAAAACACCCAACAAAACCGCAAAAUACCCCAACAACCGCCACACACUCCAACAACCGCCACAACACUCCAACAACACCAAAACACCCCCAACAACCGCCACAAACACUCCAACAAAACCGCAAAACACCCAACAACCGCUUAAAAUACCCCCAACAACCGCCAACACACUCCAACAACCGCCACAACACUCCAACAACCGCCAAAACCCAACAACCACCACAAAACCUAAACAACCACCACAACCACUCCAACACCGCCAAAAUACCCCUAACACCGCCACAAUACCCCAACAACCACCACAACACUCCAACAACCGCCAAAACACUCCAACAACAAAAUCCCCAACAACCGCACAACCGCCAAAAUACUCCAACAACCGCCAAAAUACUUCCAACAACGCCACAAUACCCCCAACAACCGCCAAAACACUCCAACAACCGCCACAAUACCCCCAACAACCGCCAAAAUACUCCAACAACCGCAACAAAAAUACUCCAACAACCGCCAAAAUACUCCAACAACCGCCAAAAUACCCCAACAACCGCACAACACUCCAACAACGCCAAAUACCCCAACAACGCCAAAAACACUCCCAACAACCGCCACAACACUCCAACAACCGCCACAACACUCCAACACCGCAAUACCCCAAACAACCGCCACAACACUCCAACAACACCGCCGCACAAUACCCCAACAACCGCCAACAACCCCAACACCGCCACAAACACUCCAAAACUGCCACAAUACCCAAACCAACCGCCAAACACUCCAACAACCGCCACAACACUCCAACAACCGCCACAACACUCCAACAAACCGCCACAACACUCCAACAACCCAAAACAAACACCGCCACAACACUUCAACAACCGCCAAAAUACCCCUAACAACGCCACAACACUCCAACAACGCCACAACACUCCAACAAACCGCCAAAACACUCCAACAACCGCACCCCAACAACCGCCACAACACUUACCCAACAACCGCCACAACACUCCAACCGCCACAACACUCCAACAACCGCCACAAUACCCAACAACCCCAACAACACUCCAACAACCGCCACAAUACACCCAACAACCGCCAAAACACUCCAACAACCGCCACAAACUCCAACAACGCCACAAUACCCCAACAACCGCCAAAACACUCCAACAACCGCCACAACACUCCAACAACCGCCACAACACUCCAACAACCGCCACAACACUCCAACAACCGCCAAAACACUCCAACAACCGCCAAAUACCCCCAACAACCGCCACAACACCCAACAACCCCAAAUACCCCAAAACCGCCACAACACUCCAACAACCGCCACAACACUCCAACAACCGCCAAAAACACUCCAACAACCGCUAA